UUUUGUAUAAAAAGGAGAAACACAGCAUGAACCAAGCACCAAAGCAGCAGAGACGCUCGCCUGGCACAGUCCGCCAUCUGCUCUUCCGCUUCACCCAGCAUGAAGACCUCUGCCGCUGCCUUCGCUAUGCUCCUGGUCCUGGCCUGCUUCUGCCUGGCCGUCACGAGUCCCCUCGGUGUCGGCGAUGCUCCCUGCUGCACCGCGCACACCAGCAAGAAAAUCCCGGCCCACGUUGUGAAGAGCUUCUUCCACACCAGUGGAACCUGCCGCCUGCCUUCUAUAGUGUUUAUCCUCAAGAAUCGCAAACAGGCCUGCGCGAAUCCACUGGACCCGUGGGUCAUUGCUAUCAAGGAUCGCCUGGAACAGAUCUGAAUAUCCUGCUGCCUCCCCAUCGCUCCAUGAGAAAACGCCACCCCGAACCUCAGCAGCACAUGCCGUGGCUGCUCCACUGGCCUCGUGCUCCCUCCCCGCAAAUCCUGGCUGAGCCCUCCGGGCAGGCACCCCAGAGAGCCUCACCCUGAACGCAGCCGCCUGGAAGCUUCUCCUCAGACGGCGAGGGAAGGCGAGCGCUCCCCAGGCCACUGGCCCGAGGACGGCCUGCCCCCCUUCCCCGGCUGGAAAAACCCUCUUCCUCCACACCAUUUUCACGGCUCCAAGCGGCACUGGAAAGUGCUGCUUUCCACCACUCAGAUC